AUGUCUACAUCGGACUCUCUUGAUCAUAAUUACGGGAUGGGCGGUAGUCCGUUGUCCCUCACAAUCCUCAGUAUCGGAAUGUGUGUCGGCUGGCUAGUCAAUUACAUUGCAACGAUACGCAAAUCGUUUCAAGACCGCACCUACGGUAUGGCUCUGAUGCCGCUCUGUUGCAACAUCGCCUGCGAAUUUGUUUAUGGUGUGAUAUUCCCUCCAGACAUACCGCUUUGGCCUUGUAUCUUCGCGGGCUGGUUGACUCUCAACUUGAUUGUUAUUUACGCGGCUAUGAAAUUUGCUCCAAACGAGUGGUCGCACGCGCCAUUGGUAGAGCGCAACAUCUCUUGGAUAUUUGUCGUCACUAUAGGGGUUUGGAUGUCUGCACAUCUGACCCUAGUCGCCCACGUUGGAAAAAGCGCUGGGGCGGCCUGGAGCUCCUGGUUCUGCCAGCUGCUUCUCAGUGCUGGUGGGGUAUGCCAGCUCAUUGUGCGAGGGAGUACGCGCGGAACAUCCUUAUUCAUCUGGUUCAGUCGAUUCAUCGGUACUGUUCUUGCAUUACCUCAUGAGAUUCUACGGUAUCGGUAUGGAUAUACAGAUGUGGUUUGGCAUAGUCCGCUCGGAUGGUGGGGGGGAGUGAUGUUUUUUCUAUUGGACGGCUCAUAUGGGAUCCUCUUAUGGUCCAUUCGUCGAUCGGAGGCUCGCUUUGAUGAAACUGCAUUGCGAAAUAAAAAAACUGCAGAAUCAACUGGCAAUGGGAUAAUGAGCGCCGGGACGUCGACUGGGAUUUCACGCUCACGAGUGGAUUAA